AUCCUUCAUUCCCAACCCCAUCACUCAUAGCUUCUAGGAUCUCACAGAAGUCCCUCGAGGGGACUUCUAGAGACUGCUCAGCAUUGUUUGGGUCUCUCUAUAAACCUUACAGAGUCUGGGUUAGGGAGAUAGAAAAUGGACUGACUUCAAGGCCCUAGCAGCUCUGAUUCACUCAGAGCAGCUCUGAAUUGUUCUGUUUCACAUUUUAUGCUUCAGGGAGAACUUUGUUUGGAGAAAGGAUUUCAUAGCUUUAAAAAAUAGAAAACCGCCAAUGUUAGGGUAACAUUACAAUUAAACAAUCCCAGUGAGAUGGGGAUGGACCCAACCUGCUAGGUUUCUUCAUCUACACUACAGAGAACUUCUGUCUCUAAUCCCUUGUGACUACCAUAUUCUAUGAUCUUUGUGAGGUGCAGGCUGCCAAAUCACAACCCUGGCUCCCUUUUCCACCUCAUGCUCCUUCAAAGGCCAAUAUUCAUGUUUGUUACAACGAAGGGAUUUUCUGACUCCUUUUACCUCUGAGGUCUUUAGAGAAAAGCCCGCAAUCAUUGCAAUAAGAGUAAAUUUUUGUUGAACAUUUAUUAUGUGCUAGCACACUGUGAAGAGGCUGAAAACAUGGUCCUUCCCUAAAGACUUUAUUGCAGUGAUGGAGAGCAGAGGUGAGCACCUUGGAAGGUAGAUCACAGUGCACUGUGUCCCAAUGUGGAGAUCACACCCCAAGGGGCUUUGGGUUGGGAGGCAGCAAAGGCACUCUGGUAGGCGUGACCAGGCAAGGAUAAGCAGUGUGCGGCAGUGUGUGGCUCCCUCUGUGCCUUCAAAGGCUGGCAGGGUCAUGAAAAGAGGUGCCCACAGGGAAUGGCCUUCUUGGAAGAGACUCCAAAAGAUGAGCUCUUUUUGGAUAUGGUGAAUAGAGCAGUUAGAUAAGAGUGAUAAGUUCCUGAGAGGGAACCGUGGGAAAGAGUCUGGAAUGGUGAGUGGCUGUCACAUUGCUAAAUGUUUAAGAGGGAAUUAGGGCUUUUUCCAGUGGGGAUCCAUUGAAGGUUUUGAGCAUUGGAGUGACAAAGGAAAAACUGAGUUUAGAAAGAUUAAUAUGGCUACAGAGUAGUUUGAAGUGAAUGAGUUAGAGGUGGACAAGAGAGUUGGGACAGUAAGUACAUGAGGCACAAUGAGAUACAGGUGACGAGACCUGUAGAGAGGCAGUGGCAGGGCCAUGGGAGCAUCGGGGGCCCCUGGGCCUGAGCCGUGCCAUUAGAUGGGUAGGCUAUGUUUGUCCACGCUCCAGAGUCACUAGGUCUCCUUCUCCUUAGGGACAAGAUACCCUAUCACUUACUUUCUAGGUUGCUUCAGGUUAUCUCAAAAUGUUCAGCGGAAACCAGCUCUCUUCUGGAGCGUUUAUCACUCCAGCCUCUGGGGAACCCAGCUCUUUGCUAGCUUUCCCUUUCUCCAAGCCCAUUUGUAUCUAUCACAUCCACCAUGGCUUAGUCAACGUGUAUAUAUCCCCUCAAAGAUAUUUAUCAGAUAAAUACCUGAGGCUGUCACCGGAUCCCACGUUUUACAUUUACCUUGGGGAAUGAUGCCCAGUGAUUGAUUUGCCUAUGUGAACAGCAGUGGAGCCAAAAGGAGAGUUUGGGGUGGUUGCCAAGUCCCCAGCCUGGCAGGUGGGAUCUGGUUGAAAGGAGCAAGAGACCACACAGAGAACAUCUUCAGAACAUUUGGGAAAUUAAUAACACAAGAAUUAAUAUUCCUAUUUCACAGUUGAAGAACUUGAGGCCCAAAGAAGACAAGGCCUUGGGUUAACCUUCUCCCAAGAUCACAUAAUAAGCAAAUGGCAGAGCCAGAAUAGGCAUACACAUCUCUCUGCAACACCUGGAGGGCCCUGACAAUAGCCCUUCUUUAUUUCUGCUAAUUCCUGCUGCUCUGGGCUGGGCCCUAGGCUCCCUACUAUUCCUUACCUUACCCGUUUUCUUCACAGCUAUGGUCUGUGCUAUAGAUCACAGGUAGUUAGUCCAAGGAUGAUUUGGCUGAGAAACGCUGUUCUAGAGAGAAUAGAAGAGGUUAGUGUUACCAUAUGAUCCAGCAGUUCCAAUCCUAAGUUGAUUCCCCAGAGAAAUACAAACCUGUGUCCACACAGAAACUUGUGUAUGAAUGUUAUAGAAGGAUUAUUCUUCAACCCAAAUAUUCUUCGACUGAGGAGCAUUUCUCCCAGACAAAGCAAUGCCCAAUGAGGGCAAAAGUGGUUACCAAGCCUUAGGUGCACACUGUGCAGGUUGGGACAAGAGCAUCACUCUGGGGGGUCACUGGGAGGACACCCCCCAAACACACACACUGUAUGGAAGGGCCAAGGAAAACUACUCUACCCUUCCCACCCAUGAUUUAUUGUUGGGGGGAGGCAGACGGCCUCCUCUUUGUAUGGGUCUCCUUGGGAAUUUUAGAUGUGGAAGUACCUGUCACUGGAAACAGCAUUUGCCUCCUAGAAGAGUUGCUAGAGCAUUUGCCCGAGCUAAGGCAGAGGCAGCUCAGCUGUGACCUGCACCUUCCUAGAGCUGGUGAGAGAUGGCCUCAAGCAAGGCUGUCCCUGUCACAGUUUCCACCCACACUCACAACACUGUUUUCCCUUUUAGUUAAGAUUUGCUGAACACUGAAAUCUGAGUUUCAUAAUUUUAUAACCUCUUUAAACAUUUUACUCCAAUAGAUCCACUGAAGUCUGAGUGUAUGUGCAUUAAUUUUAACACAGUGAACUGUUAUAUCAUUUGUUAGGUCCCAAAACUGAUUAUGGUUAAAACUGUUGACAGAAUUGUUUCGGCACAAAAAUCAACUAAAAAGUUGUGAAGUAUUUUUAAUAAGCAUUGUAAUGCAUUAAAACUUAGUAAUUGUCCUAGAAAAAAGCAUCAAGUAAAUCUCGUAUUUUUGGAAUCUGAGACACUUAAUUGUUGGAGGAGGAUGCUCCUAUCAUAUAAGGAAAGCAAAAUGAGUAAGAAGAAACCUUUGAACAUAACUGAGUCAGUAACUAAAUUAAAGUGUCAAGGAAUGUCAUAAACAUAAAAUGCAUGACCCAGGUGAACCUGUGAUAUGACAGUAAAACUCCUGCACAUCAGAACUCUAGGGUCCAGAGUCUGGGUUAUUAACUUUUGAGACAGAGUCAUGCCACCGUCUCAGACCCAGCCCGAGUCUCCUGGGACUCCACAGUUCCCUUUGGGGCCCUUCGUACAAAUGGAGGGCUGUCUGGUGGUCUGCCAGACCCCAUCUUCGAUACUACUGGCAGUGGCCAGUGGUCAGUGGCCAGUUUGGGCCAACAUUUGUUCCACGUCAUCUGUGAGCUCUUUCACAACUUGCAGCGAGGGCCAUCCUGUCCCUGCGGUUUAUUCACAUCUCCUCUGUCAGUUCAGGCAAGAACAGUCUGUGCUCUUCCUCUGCUGUGUGUGAUAUACUAUCUUGGAUCUGUCUGCUUUAAAAGCAAUUUGGGAGUAAGUUUUCCCCAGAGUUUUUGGUGGCAAAAACAGAGACAAAGGAUUCACUCACUCAGCCUGCCUUUGCUUUUUUCUCCAUUCCAGAGCCCCUUGACCAGUGAUGUUUUAAGUCUUUCUGCUUCUGACGCAUUUACAAGGCCUUUUAUUAUUGGCUAUAACUCUCUUCUUCAACACUCUGGUUCUGAUUCUGUUUGAACCCUAGUUGAUUUUACCUUGUAGUCUGACGACACUCUUCUUUGCUCUUUGCUCUCCUCUUUGGGUCCCUGUUCUCUUUUGGGUCAGCCUCUUCCUUUGCUAAGAAAGGGUGCAGGGCACCUUUGAUUCCAUUUGGAUUUAUUGGGCACCACUUCUUUAAACCGAACACAUCUUUCUUGGACCUUCAUCAACUUCUUUCCAAGUAACCCUAAACUAAUUCUUUCUCCUUACCUUUUCUGAAGAAGGGUCCAUAUUUGUUUCUUUGCUAAAUUUGAAUAAUCUUGUGAACUCUUUAUUUUCAUUUCUUUCUCUCAGUAGAAUGUUUAAUUUAUUCAAAAGUUUGUGUGUGUUUGCCAAAAAGAGACUCUUUCAGGUGUUCAAUCAAACUAUCCCUUCAUCUGAGGAGUACGGAGAAAAGACAGCUAGCCAGGACUUACUGUGAAAACCAUUGUAUUUGGGGGCAAAAGGGGAUACUUCUUUGAAUUAAUCUUCUCAUCGUCUUUAAUCUUUAGCUUCAGUUUUGCUAGAAGAAGUUGGUGUUUGAGUGAAUACCAGAGUUCAUUCUUAUUAUUUUCUGUUUUGUCUGAAACUUUCAUAGCACAUAAAACAACAGAUCAAGAGGCGGCAUUUGCCUUUGUAGAGGGAAAAACCAAAUUUAUCACUGCAGGUGAUUUUUGGUGGCAGAGCACUGAACAUAAGCUGCCCCUGAUUUUCAGGCAGGAUAAGAAAUGCUUUUUUGCUUUCUCCUAUGUGCUAAAUCCCAUCGCAAUAAAAUGUAAACAAUUUAGAAUGACCUGUGCGAGAACACACAGUCUUCCACAAUGCCUGCAACGCUUAAGUCAUUGCCAUGAAUGUGAGAAAUGCAGGCAGGGAUGGCCAUCACCCUUUGGCAGCUCCUCCCAGACCCAUGUGCUACUGACUGCUAGGGGGUUCGUACCAUGUGUAGUGACAGGAGCAUUUCUCUCCAUGGAUUUCGCAGUCAAUUGCCUCUGGAUCAGUCUGUCCUGUGAUUGCCUCUUUACCAUCUGACCCCAACUAGACUCCAAGGACCCGAAGUGCAGGGCUGUGACUUUCUUACUUGUUCUUCUGUCCCCAGUGCUUAGAACAGGACUGGCACAGUGGUUGGCAAAUAUCUUGCGUUUUUAAUGAUGGCUUUCCAGACAGUAGAGACAAGGAGAAGAACCAAGCCCAGCAAAAUCCUCAGGCUGUUAGCAUUGAUCUUUCCAUUUUUGAAUACAUGAUGUUUCAGCUCUCAAGACAGAGGGACUCUGAAAUCCUCUAUGAAACUGAUGUGAUUCACAACAUGUAGAUUGUGCCUCCACAGAGGUCUGCAAGGGCAGCCUGAGAGUCAUGGUGUGCAGUGGAAGGAAAGAGCUCUCAGGAGCUAUUUGUUCACUCUGUCUUUGUGGACCCAUUGGGAUCCUCAAAUGAUCUGGACUGAUUCCAGAAAACUGCCUCGCCUUCCCUGAACUGUCUUUAUCCUCCCCCAUGACUGUCCUGUGAUUGCAAGGUGUUGGGAAAGAUGAUCACAGGCCAUUCACGUAUUUAACCAUCAAGCCUUGUUGACAAGUCCAGGGCUCCGUUCUUAGUUUCAUUUUACCUGACUUAGCAGCAGCAUUUAAUGUGUUCUCUCCUCCUGGGAGCACCUUAUUUCCACUUGGUUUCUAGGCGAUCACACUCUCCUGGUUUUCCUUCUGCUUCAUUGGUCUUUCCUUCUCAGGCUUCUUUAGUGUUUUCUACUCAUCUUCUGAAUCUUGAAUUUUUUCUUUCUAUUGAUUCUCUUGGUGAUCUCUGUAAGUUCCACUGAUUUCAAUAUCCGUGAAAGAUGGGUGACUCCCAAUUGGUCUCUAGCAUGGACCUUAUGCACCUAUCUGGUACUCAACCUCUGCUCUGGGACACCUUGGACAUCUCAAAUCUAAUAGGUCUGAAGUGGAGCACCUGGUCUCUCCUCUCAAACUGCUUCUAGAAAUGUCUCCCUGAUCUCAGUUGAUGGCAGCCCCAUUCCUCCAGAUGUUUAGGCCAAAACCCUUGUAGUCACUUGACUCUUCUCUUUCUUCCACAUCCCAAAUUCCUGGAAAUAUUCUAAAUAGAUUCAGAAUCUGCCCACUGCACUGCUCAGGCCAGGUCUCAGCAGCCAUUGUUUCCCAGGUAUAUUACUACAGCAGUGCUGUGAUCAGCUUCCCGCUUUUACAUGGCCCCUGCAUUCUAUUUGGAACACAGCAGAGAGUGAUGACAGUAUCAUAUAAGUCAGAUUACAUCACUGUGCCUUGUUGACAGUCCUCCUGUGGCUCCCCAGCUUGCUCAGGGUAGAAGCCAAACUCCUUCUAGUGUCCCUCAGGGUCCUGCCCCCACGGACUUCUCUCUUCUGGGUCCCACUGACUCCCUGAUGCCCCUAGAUCAGCCCCUUUGUCCUGGCUGCUCCAGAUAUCCUCUCGGCUCCCUCCCUCCCCUCCUUCAACCCUGUGCUUCUGUAUCUGCUUCUCAGGCGGCCUUCCCUGACCACACACCUCCAACCUCUGGCGUCCUGCGUCCCUUUCCCUGCUCCAUUUUUUUCAUUGUACUUAAUAUAUUUUAACAUAGCUUAUGAUUCAUUUAUUAGCUCUAGUCUCUGCUGAAUCCCCCCACUGGAAAGUAAGUGCUAUGAGGGCAAGAAAUUUUAUUUGUUCACUGUGGUGCCUCUAGAACCUAAAAAGUGACUGGUACAUGGCAGAUGCUCAAUAAAUAUGUUUAAUUAAUUAAUUAACCUGGGUUAUAGAUAUUACUAAGUUGGAGGCAAGAGAAAAUACACUUGAUGGCUCAAUCACGAUAAGAAAUUAUUUCCAGUUACUAAACAAAUAGGCCAAAUUUAACACCAUAAAGGUUGAGAUACAUGUACAUUCUCAUAGUCAAAGCCAAAAGCCAACUCUACAGACAAAAGAUGAGGAGCAUACCAUGGAGAAACCUAAAGGUUAUAUAUGACUGCCAUUUCAGGACUGAACAGCAGGGACAUGUUUUUCAUCUAAAGGCUAAGAGUGGAAAGAGAAUUGGGUUCACCUCCGAGCCUCAUGCCUAAAGAGAAUUUAGGGAACAUGGUCUCAUCUGGAAAGGAGUCAUCUUGGGUGGCAUGUAAUGGUCAUGGGAAAAAUAUUUGACUAUUUUUUUUUUCAGCAGGAAUAACUCAAAGAAGAUCUAACUAGUUUCCUUAGAUAUUUGACAAGACAUUUUGUGGGAGGGGGAACAUCCUUUCUUACUUCAGUUGGCAGAAUGGAAACCAGUGGGAAGAAGAUAACUUUCAAAUAAAGAUAGGAAGAUAUGUAAAUUGGUGAGACUUACCCAAGUAUAGAACAGCAGCUCCUGGAGGCUAGAAGUCUCCCCUCUCUGGGGGCACAGCAGGAGCUUGGCAGCAAAUUCCUGACAAGGAUGUUGUAGGGGGAAUCAAAACUACAUUAAUUCAGACCCUCCAUGAAGCAGACACAAAGAUGGGAUUAGAUGUAUGAAAGAUUUACCGGAGAAAUGAGAUGGGAGCUGGAGGAGGUUGGGAGAGCCAUCAGAUCAUAAGAAAGGUCUGAUCUCUGUAAAGGAGAGAGGGAAGGAAGGAGGAUUGGGUAGGGUAGGAAGCGCUAUAGCCUGCUGUGUGGGUUAUAAGGUAGUGCUGGAAAGGCCACUCUGGAGUCUUUGAGUGGAAGUUGCCCAUCAGAGUAGUCCCAUAUGUCGCAGGAAUGGUCUGCCAUGGCAUCCCUGCUGCUCCAGUCAUUGGCUGGGUGCAGCCUGUGGGAAUCAGGGCCUCUGUGUGAAUAUGGUGAUGGACUGCGGAGUGCAGGAACUGGGGCCGUUAGUUAAUUACUCUUCAAGGAUUAGGAACUCUGAGAGGUGCAUUUCACAGACACCACAAGGUCUCUAAUGGGAACCAGGCAUACCUGCCUUCAAGGUCCCAGAGGACACUCUGACUCUGAGCCCUUAUCACACUUAUUACUCUUUAUGGCUUUCCUGGACUAGAAGCAUCUUCGGAACAAGUGCUCUGCCUCCUCUCCCCCAGGGGCUGCACGUAGUAGGGACUCAUUCAGGGUCCAAUGAGUAGUGGAGAAAUCAGCAGCCCCCUUGUGACCCCGUAGCUGUGCUGUGUAAUUCCAGGUCUUUGAGGGCAAUCUGUUAACUUGAAUUGAGGAUAGUAAAUGUCAUUCAGCUGUGGUCCCCAGAGAAACCUUUGUAAAGUGGGGUUCGAGUAAGGAAAAGACCUUCAUCACAGCAAAAGUGCCAGGACUAAACAGAGCAGCCCCUGAGCAGAGCACAGAUUGAAGCCUCGUCCAUUACCUGCCUCUUCCCCUAGAAAGACAGCCCUCAUUUAUUAUUUCCAGACUGUUUUCAUUUUACUUACACCACAUGAAAAAAUGUAGAAUUGGGAAAUAAGUAAUAUUAUUUCCAAACAGAGAUUUCUGAAUCAACUUUACAGAUUUGGAAUUAUCUUGUUUCCAAAGGUUUGAUUUGUUUAUCAUUUCUUCAUUUAUACUUGUGAAUUCCUUAUUGGAAAUGCCCUCAUUUGGAAAACUGACUAUACCUCUGUUGUUGGUCUGUGUUCAUGUCUUUUUGAGAGAUACCUCCUCUCUUCCUUUUAAAGUAUAAUAAAAUCUAACUUGAAGUAUUAGGAAGAGAUGUUUGCUAGAAUGUUCCUUUCUGUUGUACAGUAAUUCUGUACCAACUGGUUCUACUCUCUCAUUAUCAUCUCUUGCCCCAGAUUCUCAUCUCUGCAAUAGCUCAGCCCACAAAUGCAAGACUGAGGUUCCUUCAACACCUUCUUCUCAAAAACAUUACAGUGUUCCUCCUUUCCUCCUGUCUUUUCCUUUGAUUCCUCCAACUGUCUCUUAUUUUGGUCAAGCUUUGCUGCCUCUGAAAGUCCUAUGUCCAUUCCAGUUCCCGUGCAGACAUGCUUUCCUCUCCUAAAUGCUACCUUCUCUCUCCUCUGUUAUCCAAACUCUACUGAUUCUGCAAAACCCACAAGAAGUUCUGCAGAUCCAGUUCAGCUGAUAAAGAAGGGGCAGAGUUCAAACUGAAUGCCAUUUUUCUCCCUGCUUACCUCUGGAAGAUGGCCCUUCCCCUAUAAUUGAGUGUCUGUUCAGCUGCCCUGUUUCUUCCUCUCUCCACAGCCCCCUCCACCGUUCCCAUCAUGCACCAAGUCAGUGCCACUAUGAGGAGCAUCACCUUGUCAUGGCCACAGCCGGAGCAGCCCAAUGGCAUCAUCCUGGACUAUGAGAUCCGGUACUAUGAGAAGGAACACAAUGAGUUCAACUCCUCCAUGGCCAGGAGUCAAACCAACACAGCAAGGAUUGAUGGGCUGCGGCCUGGCAUGGUAUAUGUGGUACAGGUGCGCGCCCGCACUGUUGCUGGCUACGGCAAGUUCAGUGGCAAGAUGUGCUUCCAAACUCUGACGGAUGAUGAUUACAAGUCAGAGCUGAGGGAGCAGCUGCCCCUGAUUGCUGGCUCGGCAGCAGCCGGGGUCGUGUUCGUCGUGUCCUUGGUGGCCAUCUCUAUCGUCUGUAGCAGGAAACGAGCUUAUAGCAAAGAGGCUGUGUACAGCGAUAAGCUCCAGCAUUACAGCACAGGCCGAGGCUCCCCAGGGAUGAAGAUCUACAUUGACCCCUUCACUUAUGAGGAUCCCAACGAAGCUGUCCGGGAGUUCGCCAAGGAGAUUGAUGUAUCUUUUGUGAAAAUUGAAGAGGUCAUCGGAGCAGGCGAGUUUGGAGAAGUGUACAAGGGGCGUUUGAAACUGCCAGGCAAGAGAGAAAUCUAUGUGGCCAUCAAGACCCUGAAGGCAGGGUACUCGGAGAAGCAGCGUCGGGACUUUCUGAGUGAGGCAAGCAUCAUGGGCCAGUUCGACCAUCCCAACAUCAUUCGCCUGGAGGGUGUGGUCACCAAGAGUCGGCCUGUCAUGAUCAUCACAGAGUUCAUGGAGAAUGGUGCAUUGGAUUCUUUCCUCAGGCAAAAUGAUGGGCAGUUCACCGUGAUCCAGCUUGUGGGUAUGCUCAGGGGCAUCGCUGCUGGCAUGAAGUACCUGGCCGAGAUGAAUUAUGUGCACCGGGACCUGGCUGCUAGGAACAUUCUGGUCAACAGUAACCUGGUGUGCAAGGUGUCCGACUUUGGCCUCUCCCGCUACCUCCAGGAUGACACCUCAGAUCCCACCUACACCAGCUCCUUGGGAGGGAAGAUCCCCGUGAGAUGGACAGCUCCAGAGGCCAUCGCCUACCGCAAGUUCACUUCAGCCAGCGACGUUUGGAGCUAUGGGAUUGUCAUGUGGGAAGUCAUGUCAUUUGGAGAGAGACCCUACUGGGAUAUGUCCAACCAAGACGUCAUCAAUGCCAUCGAGCAGGACUACCGGCUGCCCCCACCCAUGGACUGUCCAGCUGCUCUACACCAGCUCAUGCUGGACUGUUGGCAGAAGGACCGGAACAGCCGGCCCCGCUUUGCAGAGAUUGUCAACACCCUAGACAAGAUGAUCCGGAACCCGGCAAGUCUCAAGACUGUGGCAACCAUCACCGCUGUGCCUUCCCAGCCCCUGCUCGACCGCUCCAUCCCAGACUUCACGGCCUUUACCACCGUGGAUGACUGGCUCAGCGCCAUCAAAAUGGUCCAGUACAGGGACAGUUUCCUCACUGCUGGCUUCACCUCCCUCCAGCUGGUCACCCAGAUGACAUCAGAAGACCUCCUGAGAAUAGGGGUCACCUUAGCAGGCCAUCAGAAGAAGAUCCUGAACAGCAUUCAUUCUAUGAGGGUCCAGAUGAGUCAGUCACCAACAGCAAUGGCAUGAGAACUCUUGUUUCUUGGGGAAAGAGAGGAGGGAAAAGCGCCAAGGUCAAGGGGGACCAGAGGUUGACCACUGUGGAAUGUACUGGAGACACUGGCUUCUCAGCUGAGGAAUGCAUUUCCAUCAGUGAAGAAUCAACCGGACCUGUUGCUAAUAGGCAGCCUUCAUUUCUCAGUGACAGAAGCAUGUUUGAGAUGCCGUGGGAAACCAAAUAUAUAAUAAUAAAAAUAUAAAAAGGUGAUGUUCAACAGAAGUGAAGGCAAAACAAUAUGCAUCAGGAGAACAAGAGUAAACCCAGCUCCCAUCCUCAGUGGGCUGGAGUUGCCCAUCCACAGGAAGAAAGGGAAGGAGGUAGACGGAAGAAACAGAAGCAGUGUUCCAUUUUCUUCCUCACCAAUGACAUUCUUUUCUUUUCUCCUUUUGUACUCCUCCCUGAGAGUCCCCUCCCUUCUCCCACACUCGUUUCCCUUUGCUCAUGACUCCUGUAGGGAAGUUUCUUCAAAUAAAACCCAGCUCCUGAGUCUCCAGAUGUUGUUCUGUCAGUUGCCAAAGGACUUCGCUGACCACUGCAUGGGGAUCCAACCAAUUCAAUUAAUGUCUUCAUAUUGAAGAAGAGAUGUACCUUCAAUUGAAAACCUCGUUUUUCUUUUGUUUGCAUUUUCUGCAAAAAGGAAAAAGAAACCACAAAUUGGAGAAAAAAAAAAAAAAAAAGAAAGAAAAACCUGUUUCCGUGUGCCAAAGCACACAUAUGUAUGUCUGCGUUAUAAAAUGACUGUGCUUGUUCAUAACAGAUGCAAACAAGAAAGAAGAACUGGGAAGUCUUUGUCCCUAGGAAAUCCAAAGGGGCUGGAAUAUGGUGUUGGUUUGGCUUUCUGGUUGGCCCAAUCGGCCUAUUGGCUCAAUGGGAAGAGAGGAGAGGGAGAAAAAUAAAAUGAAAGGAAAAAAAUAAAAAGCUUGCAAAUUCAGACAGGAAACAGGUGAGUGGUUUGAAUUGGAUGCAGUGUGGGCCAUCCUGGAAUGAUACUGACUGAUUAAUUAUUCCUGAUAACAUCUGAAGAAAAGGAGAAGGAAAGUGUUUCUGGAGAAUGUUCUUUCACAUCACUGGAAUCUGCAAUUCAAGAAGUGACAAGGGAGAAUUCUUGCUUUACCUAUGGACUGGCUUAAGCCGCGUGGCAUCCGAGGAAUGUUUCAAAUGUGUCUGUGUUUCUCUUUACAUUCCUUAUUGUACCUCAUCGUUCAAUUCACUUUUGUAAAUUCCACCUAACAUUUAAUUAUUUUUAAUUUCUCCUUUUACCUUAAUCUCCUUGCUAAUUUUAUCUGUCUAAUUAAAAUGAGCAGAAGCAUGUCUGGGUUUACGUAAAAUGGUGUCAGAAUGUGUAUACCUGGACCCCAGUGGGUUGUCCCCAAAUUUCAAGAGAAUCCUUAAAAACUGUCUUUCUUGUUUCUAAUGUGGGAGGGAGGGAACACAUCCCUGACCCCAUGAAUGCCAAGAAGCAGUAUAUAUUAAACUCACUGGCACUGAUGUGACCCAAAAGAAAAACUGAAUAAAAGAGGCUUAAGAAGUCGCUGGCAAAUAAACACAAACAAUGACCAUGAAUACACUAUCAACCCUGAUUUUAGUUUACACACUGCAUUUGAAAAGUCCACAUCCAGGCCAAUUUUGUAAAUGUAGACUGCUUGCUUGUGGUUUAUCUAUGAAUGUGCAGUUGGGAGUGGAGAGAUAUGAGGCAGUGAAAGGUGUUAUGGUAGCUCAUUUAAUACAUAUUUACAUUGAUAAUAGCCUUUUCCCCUAGUCAUUGUUAACUUUGAUAUGGGGUGGUUCUUGCCUUCUAAAAUCACUGGCCAAGAUGCCCUGAACAAUUAACCCCCUGAGAGCAGCCCACUGGCCUGGGGGUACAGCAUUAAUUCAGGGGAGCUCAUCUUAAAUCACCAUCCAUGUGCUGAACCCCUGGAGAAUGGAAGUGGAUGGACAGAACUCCUCUCAGCAAGUUUGCCUGAGGCUGCAAAGGACCCCAAACCACCACACUAGUAGAAGAGAAAAUUUCCCUUUAUUAAUUGCUUACCAAUUCCAUGCACAAUUUACUAAUUACCCCAAAGACCCCAAUCCAUGAGUAUCAUUCUACUCUCAAUUUUCCACAGGAAUGAAUUUUAAUCUGUCACUAAAUUCCUCUGGCAGAAUCUUUAACCCCGAAUUCUCACUGCCACCUCCACCAAUGCCAGCUCAUCUUCUGGUUGUGGACAAAGCAGGGUCAAGGUGAAAGUCCUGUUAAACCCUUUGGCUUGGUUUCACCAUAGAUCCCAGAAUGGAGAGAGCGAGAACCCAAAGUGCACAAGAGGAAAGCAUGAGGGGUCAGCAAAGCCAAGGCCAGGGUGCCUCGAGGCCCAGUUUUCAGUGAGGUGGGCACGACCAAGAUCUAGACACCCCCAACCGCCACAGAUGCCCUGCACAAGGCCCCACCCCUACACCCCAGAUGAACUACAGGAACACAUGAAGCCUGAAGGGAAGGAGAUGUGUCGCUAGUGAGUGAGACACAUUACCUCUGCAGCACGGGGCCAGUCAUGAAUCUUUCUGAGCCUCCGUUUCCUCAUCUGUGUAAUAGGAAAAUAUUACCUACCUUCGAUGAAGGGUAUCUAACAUUCAUGAGCAGGUUCUCUAUGCCAGGCACUUAUCUAAGUGCCUUACAUGCAUGAAAUCUCUUCCUCACUGUAAUCUUGUGAAGUAGUAGCAGGUAAUUUAUUGUUCCCAAUUUUGGAUGAGAAAACUGAGAGACAAAGGCCCUUCACAGAUCACACAAUGGUGGAGUCAGGAUUUUGACUCGGGCAACCUGACUCCUUGCUCUUAACCACUUACCCCAGUGGGUCUCACGCUUGAGUAUGCAUUGGUAUCACCUAGAAGUAUUGUUAAAACAAAGAUCAUAGGCCCCACCUUUGGGCUCCUGAUUCAGCAGGUCUAGAGUGGAACUAGAGAACAUGCACUUCUCACAAGUUUCCAGGUGCUGCUGAUGCUGCUGGUCCAGGGACCAUGCUUUGAGAACCACUGUAUUACCCCAGCCUACCUUCCUGAGAAUUAGUGAUAAUAGACAUAAAGCUCCUGCUUCAGGAAAUCAUAGUGAUCAAGGUUCUUGAGAUACCCAGAAAGAAGGGAAUGAACCCUCACACUUUUGGCAUGAAGUGAUGGGAGAGGCUGGUUCCCAUCUAGUGUCUCCUCCACUGGCACAUUUAGCUUCAGGGGGCUUUACGCACACCUUCAAAGAAGCUCCGUGGGGAGAAUACUGUCAGUGAGACCCCCAAUGCUCUAAAUUUCAGCUACAUAUGCUGCCUCAUCAUCUCACAGAAGACUAAAUCCAAUUUGGACUCUUACUUACACUUACUUACUUACUUACACUUUGCACAAUGGUCAGUGGCCCAUGGCCCUGAGAGCCAGGUUAAAGAGAUGGAACCUGCAGCCAUGCUGUGCAGCCCAGGGCGUGGGCUGAAAGGGGACUGCUCAGCCAGCACAGAAAGGGGACUGCUCAGCCAGCACACCUGCAGCCACUGGGAGUCAGGUGGGCAGAGGUCACACGGGGGCAGGUGGGAGGUGUUUAAUUAAUGUUCCCGGGUCAAGGGUAAUGGAAGUGGAGGUGAUUUGUGGAGAAUUCUUGGAGAUUAUGCCCCACCUUUCCACACCCUCUCCCUGUCCCUUCCAGCACUCGAAGACAUGAAUGACUGUAGAGAGGUAGAUAAAUCGACAGAUUAUGUGUUUAUUGUAUCACCUGGGUGUCCAAAUACAUUCAUACACUACUGAAAUUAUGUGCUUCUUCCCACCUUCCACCUCUCCAUGUAUCUCCUUCCCACCACAUUACAUGUGGAGCCAGGCCACUGGGUUCUUGCCAAGGCCACCUGGGAUAAUGGAAAUUAAAUGAGAACAAAGUUUUUCUUAACUGUGCACUUAUGAAGAGAGCAGAGAAACCAGUGAGGGUCGAGGAAUAGGACUUUAGGAAUAUCGGAGGGCAGGAAGACUGAGACAUACAGCAGGAAGAAGAGAAUUUACAAAGUAUCAGUUAAAAUGAAAGGUUCUAACAGUUCCCUGGCGUUCUAAGAAGGCCUUUUGGCCUUUUGGGGGAGCCUGGGAAUCCAUCAUCUUUUCAGAAAUAUUAGUGACUCUGGCACCAACUGGCUGAGGGCAUAGUGAAGUCCCUGUCAGUGAAGCAAGGGGGAAGACACAGCCAUGAUGGGGAUCAGCCACACAGAGGCACCAUCCAGAGCACUCCAAGGACACAGAGUGCUAAAAGAGGCCUUACGAUUCCUAUCAGCGUGAGUUCUGCAUUGGCUGAGACUUGCAGUCCAUGUAGAAGUCAUAGAGCCAUUUCUGAAGUAGCGAGAGGUUUUGUAUUGUCCAAGAUAUCAUUGGGACAUCGGGCAGGGGCACAGUAGAGGGGAAUCCCUGAGAUCACAGAAAGGUGGCCAAAAGAGGAAGGGUAUGUCUGGAUCACACUGCAAGGUCAUUCCAGUUGACUGAGGUCCAGUGGCAACUAUGUUCACCACUAAGGAGUCUCCUGAGACCAGCCAUUUCCAAAUGAGAACAGUUAUACAGAGGUCUGAGAACAAAUUCUUAGUACCUCUCAGAGAGUGCAAGCCCUGGUAGGGGGUGGGAGGAUGUGUUCUGCAGACCUGAUGAAGGGUGGAUGGGGUGGGUGGGCCUCCAUCACUCACCGGGGAAAAAGGAGAGCCCUCCCUCCUGCAUCCCGCCUGGGCUGGCCUUGUUAUCACAGGUCCUUGAGGGGUUCUCAUGCCACUGUGAGUCAUGACUUAGCACAUAGUAUCCUAGCAGAACCUUGUGGUAAUUCUCCAAAUGAAAGUGGCCACAGGGCACAUCCUACUCACCUAUGUACCCAGCACUCAACACACUGUCUGACACAUGGAAGAUGCGCAAUAAAUGUGUGGUGAUUGAAAUAA